GCUCUCCCCCUGCGGCAAAGGAACCCUACACAAAGCAUUUUAUAAAUGGUUAUGGCGAGCGUCAUACUUUCCGCAGCUCCGAGCUCGGGCUUACGUUACAAGCAGUGCGUUAUUCCACGACACCAAGCACUUCUGUGGCUUCACACAAGAGAUCACAGGUUAGUAAGCUGCAGAAUUGCGAAAGCCUACCGUCGAGACGGUCCAGUCGAAAGAAAUGUAGUCUGCAAAGCUAGGCGAGCGCCGGACGAAGGAUUCGUCAGCAAUGCCGCGCUCCGGCUCGUUUUAUGGAGCAUGACUGGCUUCUACGCUGUCUGGCUGUUCAUUCUCCCAUAUGCACCAGGAGAUCCUGCAUGGGCAAUCGACCAAGAAACGUUGUCAAUGCUUUUCCAACUAUCACUAAACUUCUUCUUUGUACUACCUAUCGCCAAUGCUGCUGGAUUUCACGUAGUAACCGCUCCUGUGAUUCACCCGGCUGCCGAGGCGCUCUUCAACGUCGUUAUGGGAUGGACUCUGCUCUUCGGACCCAUUAUCUUUUCUGACGCUCGAAACAACCGGUUCAAAGGGUCCUUGGAAGCACUCUGGGCGGGACAGUGGUUUCUGACGAACGCCUUUCUCAUACCUUACAUGGCUAUUCGGUUGAACGAACAGGUUCCUACAAAGUCCAAAUCACCAAGCAAAUUCUGCCAAGCAGCACUAUCUGCAGCAAAACCAAUCGCUUUAGUCGGUGGAACAGUUGGUGCACUAUCGAUAGCCUGGGGCUUGGGAGGCAGACCUGACGCAGGAUUUGGGAACAUCGUUGAUCGCUGGGACUAUUUUCUCCAUUAUAUAGGAACAGACCGUGUUGCAUAUGCUUUUCUCUGGGACGUCUUCCUUUAUUCGAUAUUCCAAGCCUGGCUCGUUCAGAGCAACUUGAAGAAGGUUGAAGGCCUGCGAAUGCGAAAGAUGGUGAGUCUGCUAAGCUAUGUUCCAUACGUUGGAUCAGUGGCCUACCUCUGGGGACUAGCCAGUGAGAUCCCAGAGAUGACGAUGAGCCAGGAGAAUUUACCUGAAGAAUCAAAAUAGCUGGAAGCGCGUCAUUUGUAAAUGAAGUUCUCUUCAGUGAAAUCUCGUAUUUUUGCUUUC